GCAACGGAUCAGGCAGGUGCUGUUCUCCAAAUGCACAUUUUUGUCGGUCCAAAUAAUAAUUUGAAUAUUUUUACCAUUACACAUGCUAUGGCGCUCUAAAAAAGUUAAAGACAAUAUAAGAAGCAGGAGAAGCAGUGACAUUUUGCCCAAGCCCCGAGAUGAAGCUGAACAUCGACGGCCUGUUGGUCUACUUCCCGUAUGACUACAUCUACCCAGAGCAGUUCUCCUACAUGCUGGAGCUCAAGAGGACCCUGGACGCCAAAGGUCAUGGAGUUUUGGAAAUGCCAUCAGGAACUGGGAAGACCAUCUCCCUCCUUUCUCUAAUAGUUGCCUACCAAAGGGCUUUCCCUCUGGAAGUGACCAAGCUCAUCUACUGCUCCAGAACUGUGCCAGAGAUCGAGAAGGUUGUGGAGGAACUGCGGAAGCUGAUGGAGUUUUAUACCAAACAAACAGGAGAGAGCAAUAACUUCUUGGCUCUGGCUCUGUCCUCUAGGAAGAACCUGUGCAUCCACCCAGAGGUGAGUUCGCUGCGCUUUGGCAAAGAGGUGGAUGGGAAAUGUCACAGUAUGACGGCCUCAUACAUACGAGCCCAGCGCCAUAGCAACCCCAGCCUGCCUGUGUGCCGCUUCUACGAGGAGUUCGAUGCUGUGGGUCGCCAGGUCCCUCUGCCCCCGGGCGUCUACAAUCUGGACGACCUGAAGGACUAUGGACGGAGGAAAGGUUUCUGUCCGUACUACCUGGCACGCUAUGCAAUUCUCCAUGCCAACAUUGUGGUGUACAGCUACCACUACCUUCUGGACCCCAAGAUUGCAGACCUGGUGUCCAAGGAGCUGGCCAAGAAAUCAGUAGUGGUGUUUGAUGAGGCUCAUAAUAUAGACAACGUGUGUAUUGACUCAAUGAGUGUGAACAUCACCAGGAGGACUCUGGAUCGCUGCCAAAACAACGUGGACACACUGCACAACACCAUCCAGAAUAUAAAGGAGACUGAUGCUGCCCGCCUGAGGGAGGAGUACCGGCGUCUGGUUGAGGGGCUGAAGGAAGCUCAUGUGGCUCGAGAGACCGACGUGUACCUGGCCAACCCUGUGUUACCAGACCAGAUCCUCAAAGAGGCCGUCCCAGGCACCAUCCGCACAGCCGAGCACUUUGUAGGCUUCCUGCGCCGCUUCAUGGAAUAUCUCAAGUCUCGCCUCCGGGUGCAGCAUGUGGUGCAGGAGAGCGCCCCCCAGUUCCUCAAGGACAUCUACGAGAAGGUGUGCAUUGACAGGAAGCCACUCAGGUUUUGUGCAGAGCGUCUGCAGUCUCUCCUCCGCACGCUGGAGAUCGCAGAUAUCGCAGACUUCUCCGCCGUCACCCUCAUCUCCAACUUUGCCACAUUGGUCAGCACCUACAGCCAAGGAUUCACCAUCAUCAUUGAGCCAUUUGAAGACAGAACACCGACCAUCGCCAAUCCAGUGCUGCACUUCAGCUGCAUGGACCCUUCCAUCGCCAUCAAACCAGUGUUCCAGAGGUUCCAAUCAGUCAUCAUCACCUCAGGGACACUGUCUCCUCUGGACAUCUAUCCUCGCAUGUUGGACUUCCAGCCCGUCACCAUGGCGUCCUUCACCAUGACACUAGCACGGACAUGCCUCUGUCCCCUAAUCGUGGGCCGGGGAAAUGACCAGGUGGCUCUGAGUUCCAAGUUUGAGACACGAGAAGACUUUGCGGUCAUUCGCAACUAUGGCAACCUGCUGCUGGAGAUGUCGGCCAUAGUUCCUGAUGGCAUCGUGGCUUUCUUCACCAGCUACGUGUACAUGGAGAACAUCGUGGCCUCCUGGUACGAGCAGCGCAUCCUGGAGAACAUCCAGAGGAACAAGCUGAUCUUCAUCGAGACACAGGACGCAGCAGAGACCAGCAUGGCCCUGGAGAAAUAUCAGGAGGCGUGUGAGAACGGCCGAGGAGCCAUCCUGCUGUCUGUGGCACGCGGAAAGGUGUCUGAGGGCAUUGACUUUGUGCACCACUUUGGCCGGGCGGUCCUCAUGUUUGGUGUGCCAUACGUCUACACUCAGAGCCGCAUCUUGAAGGCUCGCCUGGAGUACCUAAGGGACCACUUCCAGAUCCGAGAGAACGACUUCCUGACAUUUGACGCCAUGAGACAUGCGGCGCAGUGCGUGGGCCGCGCUAUCCGAGGCAAGACUGACUACGGACUCAUGAUCUUUGCUGACAAGCGAUACGCCCGAGCUGACAAGAGGGGCAAGCUCCCACGCUGGAUCCAGGAGCACAUCAGCGAGGGCAGCCUCAACCUGACAGUGGACGAGACCGUGCAGCUCGCCAAGCACUUUCUCCGACAGAUGGCACAACCCUUCAGACAGGAGGACCAGCUAGGCCUGUCUCUGCUCACUCUGGAGCAGCUGCAGUCAGAGGAGAUGCUGCAGAAGAUCACUCAGAUGGCCCACCAGAACUGACCUCUGACACCCCUCCACCACCACAUACUGUCAUC